GCAAAGUAAAUAGGAGGGGAGAGAUCUAUAAAACUUGAUCUAUAAAUAGAGCUGCAUAAGGCAGUACUUUAUCACAUCCAAACCCAAAGCAACACAAACAAAUAUUUGCCCUCUACUCUAUAGUUUCAUAUAUAUACAAGUAAUCCAAAAAAGAUGGCAAUUAUCAAGAACAAACACAUAACCUUCUCAUUGUUCUUGUUUUGUCUCAUUGUGGCGUCUCCAAUGGCUAACGCUCAGAUUGGUCUUGGUGGUAUCAAUGUCCCCAUUAUCAAUGGGGUUCUCUUUUGCACUAUCAAUGGCGCCCCUCUCAAUGGCACUUCUGCCACGGCUUUCGCUAAUGCGGUCGUCCAGCUCCAGUGUGGAAGCCUAAACACAGUUGUAGCAGAGACGAUUACGAGCAUUACCGGAUUAUUCACGUUUUCUACAACCGGAAUUCAGAUAUCGCUUCCCACACUCCUCAACGACUGUCGUAUCGUUGUCCCAACCCCUCGCUCCAGCUGCAGCUCCACCCUCCCUUCCACCGGACAACUCGUCUCCCAGUUAAGAAUCGUCGGCAGCCUCAUCUCCGGCCUACUCAACAUAGUCGCUAUCCUCCCAACCGGUUUUGUCCCCACAGUCUAACUAAAACCAAACUAUAAACAUAAUUAAUGUUCGGUUACAGUGUGUUCCCCUUCCGUCAUGACCAUUUACGUUUGUUUACGCAUGAAUAAGGUCAAGUUUUAUCAGAUUUA